AUGCAGAAAAGAAACAUUUGCCCUAUGUACUGGUUACUGUUGCAUCUCCUACUUUCAGAAUACAGCAUAACCUCCAUUAGUGGUAGCACACCCAGCCCAACUUCCAGUGAACCCACCACAGCCAACACUGGAUCCAGUGCAACCUCCAGUGCGACUGGGACAGCCUCCAACACUACAUCCAGCACGACCUAUGGUGGUACCAGCACAGCCACCAACUCUGGAUCCCAAGUGACCUCCAGUGGAUCCAGCACAACCUCCAAUACUGGAUCCAGCGUGACCUCUGGAGGGACCAGCGCAACCUCCAAUACUGGAUCCAGCGUGACCUCUGGAGGGACCAGCGCAACCUCCAAUACUGGAUCCAGCCUGACCUCUGGAGGGACCAGCGCAACCUCCAAUACUGGAUCCAGCCUGACCUCUGGAAGGACCAGCGCACCUGUCAACACUGGAUCCAGCACAACCUCUGGGGGGACCAGUACAGCCUUCAAUACUGGAUCCAGUAUGACCUCCGGUGAGACCAGCAUAACCUCCAGUACUGGAUCCAGCACAACCUCCAGUGGGACCAGCAUGGCCUCCAACACUGGAUCCAAUGCAACCACAGGAGGCUCUGGUACACCUUUGUCAACUGGAACACACACAACUUCCAACAGAAUUAGCACAAGUGCUGGAACUCCAGUGAAUACAGUGAAGCCCAGUGGGUCCCUGAAGCCAUGGGAAAUCUUCCUCAUCACUCUGGUCUCGGUUGUAGUGGCCGUGGGAUUAGUUGUUGGACUCUACUUCUGUGUGAGAAACUCCCUGUCCCUGAGAAAUGUCUUUGACAGAGCUGUCUACCGACUCCAUGGCCCCAACCUCGGCCCAGGCCCUGGAGGGAAUCAUGGAGUCCACCACAGGUCUGGGUGGAGCCCUAACGGAUUCUGGAGGAGACCAGUAUCCUCAGUAGCCAUGGAGAUGAGAGAGACCCACGAUGGGCUCUAA